ACUUCAGACUGUUACUGAAUUUCUUGAUGGUAGAACCAAAUAACUAUUAUUUGGCCGGGAUUUGAACCCCGGACUCUUAUCUUAAGUUAUGUUCUAGUCCAACGAGGCACUUAUUACUAUUUUUUACAUCUACAUUAAAGACUUAGACUUAGACAAUACAUUUCAAUUUAAUGUAUUUCUUAACACUAUUAUCAGUUGUAAUUAAAAUUAUAAGUAUAUAUUUGUUACAAAUUUAAUUUUUAUUAUGAAUGUAUGUUGUUAUAUGAAAAUGAUUUUGGCCCACCCUGUAGAGUUAACUGUUUUCACGAAAAGCUAGUAAGCGUAAAUAGUGUCACCCUCGCGCUGUUCCGUUUGCUGGACGUCUGUUCAGAAAUAAAAAAAGACACAAAAAAUGAUACCCAAUAACAGUAUAGAUGGAAACAAUACUUAUUCGUCGUACGGAAUUGGCCUGUCGUUCUAUGACGAAAAAAUUACUUAUGAAGAAAAAGAUUUAAUUAAAAUUUUACUUAGCGUUUUCCUCGCAACCACGAUGGUGAUUAGUUUGUUAGGAAAUGUUUGCAUAUGUGCGGUGAUUGCUCGCGAUAAGAGUAUGAGAACUCCAACCAACUUCUACCUCCUCAACCUUGCGAUUACAGAUCUCACGAUAACCGUCUUUGUCCCCGUUGAAAUAUACAUAAUUUGGGUACCAGAUUUUUAUCCAUUGGGAAAGGAAGGAUGUCGAAUACAUUUCCUUCUAUGGGAUAUGGGAAGUAAUUGCAGUGUUCUGACAAUAACAGCGAUAACGAUCGAGCGUUAUCUGGUCAUCUCGAAACCGUUUCUACGACAAAGACUCGUCUUAAGCUCGCGCGUCUUGAGGAUAGUCACUGUUAUCUGGAUGGUUUCGUGUUUUUUCUCUUUCCCGAGUGUACUCUUUGUUUAUUUUGUUGAAAGAAAACAAAAUGUUUAUUGUUUUUUCACUGUUUCCGAUAAAGAUAAAGCUUAUCUAGUGGCUGCGGAGUUGUUAGUUUUCUUCGUACUACCAAUGACAGUGAUAUCCGUUCUCUAUCUGAUGAUGGCGCUAAAGCUGAAGUCUACCAAAUCGAAGUCCAGACCUAACCCAGUCUCCGGAAAGAAAAAUAGAGACAAAGCCGUCAAAAUGUUGGCUGCGGUGACUGCUUCGUUUUUUAUUUGUUGGUCGCCAUAUGCAAUUUUACGUCUCAUGAUAGUAAUUCCAAAUAUGAAAUAUGAAAAUCAUCACACCCUAUGGCGUGUAUUGAUAUACCUGAGCUCUAUAAACAGUUACCUGUCAACAGCAGUUAAUCCUAUACUGUAUACACUUAUGUCACAAAAAUUUGGACAGGCUUUUAAGGAUUUACUGAAGGGAAGAAAGAUAUCAAACCAAACUGGAGCAAACGGACACCUUAAAGCUCAACGAGAUGGUUCGAAAAUAAGAACUACAUCUAUAUGAUUUUCACCACAAAAAAAACUGUGAAUAAUCUUUAAAAAGAUAUAAUAAAU